GAGGAUUACAAACCAAAACACACUUAGUCUCUGAGACUUUCCAAUGGGCACACUUGUGGGACAUCUGAUACCAGGUUUGGCUCUUGUGCUUCUUGGUUUAUGGCACACCAUCAACACAAUCAGUGACUACCGCCUCAAAGGCUCCAGCAACUUUGUUUCGAGUUUCUGGUAUUCAUUCAAGAGUCCUACUUCCAAACUAAAACACUUGGAGCUCCUCCUCGUAUUAUCUUUCUCCAUCUUUUCCAUUUCCAUGCAAGUGCUUGACUAUCCUUCCUUCCGCUUUUCCUUCAAGCUUGACAACUUUGAGCAUGCCACAAUGUUCCUCCACCUAGCUAUAUUUGCAGGAUUUAAUCUUUGCACGGAGUUAACUCAUUCAUCUGAGGUUUUAUCCGGGAUGUCUGGACUCCUUGCAGCCUCUGUGUUUGGUCAGGAGCUUUUCCUGCUCCACUAUCACUCGGCUGAUCACAUAGGUCUGGAAGGCCAUUACCAUUGGCUUUUGCAGAUCAUAGUGUUUGUUUCUCUCAUGGCCUCUCUAUCUGCAACUAGCUUCCACGCCAGCUUUCCUGCAGCUCUUGUUCUUGCACUUUCAGUUGUAUUCCAAGGUUGUUGGUUUAUUAACAUGGGAUUCAUGUUAUGGGUUCCUAAGUUCGUUCCACAGGGUUGUGCUGUGCGGUUGGCUGACGCAAGCAGCAACAACAUGCUUGGAGCUGUCAUUUGUCAGUCACGGGAGGCAGUUUUAAGGGCUAGGGCGCUAGCCAACAUGCAAUUCAGUUGGAUACUUGCUGGAAUUAUGACAUUCACAGCGUGUACGUGCUUAAAUUUUGCCAGAAACUUCAAACCAAGAGGCCAGUCAAUGGAGUAUGAGCAGCUGCAAAGCAGAGGUGCAGAUGUCUCCGUUGCCAUCACUGGCUUCAAGCAAGCUGCUAAUCCAUAAGAUUCAUAUACUACUGUACCACAUUAAGAUUAUGAUUCGGCAACAAACCUAGACUGGUGCUAGCGUACACAGACCCUACUAUUCAAGUUCUAAGCAUAAAUACUUCAAUGGUGUAAAGAAACCAACGAAUUUUGGCCUCAUUUAUUGCUUCUCAACAGUUAUAGAACAUGGAAGGGAAUCUUGGGGUGAGGAGGACCUCUAAUGGAGUUGCUUUUGGAACAGUCAGCCCUGGACUCUCGGUCAUAUCAACCUUCAAGUCUGAGACAGUUCCCAACUCGAACCCAUGAAGGAGACUGGCCAGAGUCAAGUGCAAGACCUGGAGAGCAAAAGUGAUCCCAGGGCAAAUCCUCCUGCCUGCCCCAAAGGGAAUCAAUUCAAAAUGGUGACCCCUAACAUCCAAAUCUUUUCGGUCCGCUAGGAACCUUUCUGGCUGGAACUCCAAGGGAUCGGGCCAUAUGUCUGGGUUGCGGUGCAGCUUCCAGAGGUUAACCAACAGGCAUGUGCCGGCCGAGAUGUUGAAGCCGGCUAUGGUGCAAUCCUCCAUGGCUUCACGCUGCGCUGACAGAGGAAGGGCAGGGUAUAACCUUAAUGUUUCCUUCACAAUGGCCUGUAAAUACACAAGGUUCUUAACAUCUGAUUCCUUCACUUGGCGUUGCUUGCCCACGUGGAUGUCCAACUCAUCUUGCGCUUUCUUUAGCACGUGGCGGUUGUUCAGUAGUAGCGCGAGCGCCCAUGUCAGAGUGGCCACUGUCGUGUCGUUGCCACCCAGAAUCAUACUCUGCACCAAACAUUUCAUGAGGUGAGGAAUUGACAGUGAUGUAUAACUAUAAGAAUUAUGUACCGCCAAUGCUUAUUGUCCAUCCUUUUGUAUAUGGCCUUUGUUCUACUCAGAUUUCUGUACUAGCAAACAAAUAGAACCAUGACAUUAAACUGAUUGAUUAGGCAGUUGCCAUUCAUUUUUUCCAUAGGAAAAUUUGAGGAUCAAAUUCAGAUAUCUGGAAUUGUAGUAACUAGAAUCAUGGCAUCAAACUAAUUGAUUAUGUGCAGCUCCCAUUCAUUUUACUGAAUCAA